UGUUCGCUUGGUUCCAGGACCCCGUUGACUACCUUGCGGAGUUUCUGUUCAAGCACAACCCUGGAAAUGCAUGAUAGGGAGGGAAAGAAUCCGUGUAUAUGUACACUGUGCAUCAUAUGUCAAAUGACUAUCCACCACUGUAUACAUAUCGUUGCAAACCUUGGCUUCUUGAGCGUUGCUGCAUGCCACAUGUCCAUUCGUAUGUGUUAUAUUCUCUCAAAGGGGCGAAAAAGCAACUCGGUGGCGUGAUGCCGUCAAUAAUGGGAGAAGUGUCGGAAGCCGCCAUGUCUCAGAACCGCCACGUCCGAAGGUUGGUGCGACACCCGACCAGGGCAUGGAGCGUGACAAGUUCCACUUGGUACUUUCUGCCCGCCGUUGCGGCGAUGCCCUUAACGUUCCUGCCGCUUCAACGUAUACCACUUUGCAUGUGGCUGCAAAGACGGAUGACCCAAGAUGGUAAAGUGCCUAAGUGGGCCCAAUCCAACAUGAACGCCUCGUGCACGCUAAGGAAAGACGCCUAUGGAUAUGUAGGCCUGGCCAGAGCCGUCUUGGGCGUCGUUGCCAUUGUUGUCAGACGGCGGGAGGGAGGAGAUGGGCUGGAGCGGUAACGACAGUGGUGGAGCGCCAGUAGGCGGGGUCGAGUCUGCUGUUGAUGUGGACGGGAAGAGAGCGCCCAGCGGGAUAAUGGCGUAGGGCGAUUCUGCAGCUGUGUACAUUGUUCGAAGUAAGCGAAGAGUGCGGUAUUGGGGUAGAUCUUGCUACAUAUGAUGGCGUGUGAGAAAAACAGCAAUGGAUC